AUGGAGGUUUCUUAUCUAUACAUCUCCCUCCUCCUCCUACUUCUAGCUUCAUAUCUCAUCCGUCGCAAAUCCUCCAACCACCCGCCGACCGUCUUCCCGACCCUCCCAAUAAUCGGCCAUCUCUACCUCUUGAAACCACCUGUCUACCGAACCCUAGCCAAACUCUCGACCAAAUACGGCCCCGUACUCCUUCUCCGCCUCGGGUUCCGCCGUGUGCUGUUGAUCUCUUCCCCUUCGGCUGCCGAGGAAUGCUUCACCAAGAAUGACAUUAUUUUCGCAAACCGCCCUCACAUGUUAUUCGGUAAGAUCAUCGGCAACAACUACACCACUCUCAUCUGGUCUUCCUACGGCGAAAACUGGCGCAACCUACGCCGCAUUGCUUCAACCGAGAUCUUAUCAACUCACCGCCUGAACGAGUUUCACCACAUACGCGUUGAGGAAGGCCGCCUUCUUGUCCGUAAAUUAUUUACCAUUAAUUCACCAGUGAAUAUGAAGUCAGUUUUUUAUGAGUUCACGUUGAAUGUGAUGAUGCGGAUGAUAUCUGGAAAGAGGUAUUUCUGCGGAGAUAUUUCUGCGGCCGAGGAAGAAGGAAAACGACUCAGGGAGAUAAUGGAUGAGAUGUUUUUGCUCGCUAGUGCGACUAAUAUCGCCGAUUACUUACCGAUAUUGAGUUGGUUGGGAAACCGGUUGGAGAAGAAGUUGAUUACGUUGAACCAAAAGAGGGAUCGGUUCUUUCAAGGAUUGAUCGAGCAACUUAGAGGAUCAAAAGAGGAAACAAAAAAGACGAUGAUUGAAGUGUUGUUAUCGCUACAAGAAUCAGAUCCUGAAUACUAUACUGAUCAAAUGAUUAGAAGCUUUGUGCAGGCAAGAUCCUCUUUUUCAUCUUUGGUUUCAAUUAUAGUUUGUUUUCGGGAGCUGUUCAUGGUUUUAUAA